GUACACCCCUUUCGUGGAUACAACAGGUGAUGGCAACAAGUGCAUGUGGCCCGCGCGGUGAACGGAAACCGUCUUAUGAAUACAAACGAUAAAUGUGUAAAAUAACCACAAUUUCAUGUGAAAAAUCGAAGACGACCUAUCAUACUGAAAACGUUUGAAUGACAGAGACGAUGAGAGCUUAUUCGUGAGAGACAUUUCUCGAAUUGUUGGCGAAAAACCUGUUAAAGCCAAUGGCAACCAUGGUCACCUCGCAAGAUGUCAGUGGUCAUUCAAUCUCGCGUCAGCCUGCCCGCCAGCCCUCGGCCGCCCAGAGCCUGAACAUCCGUGAGUUCUCCUUCGCGACCCAGAGCCGCUUUAACGCCGGUCGCGACCUGGUGCUCACGCGCAGCGACAGCUAUGUCAUCCGCAAGCCGCCGAAGGAAUUUGACAUCUGGGAACACCCGCCGCCGGAUUUCCGUCCCCAGCAGUACCUCCCCAAACCCCCAAAGAGGAACUCAAGGGAGAGCAUGCAGCCGUGGAAAUAUGGAACUUUUCCAGGACAAAAGAAGGCAAUGAGCAAAACGGAAGGCAAGAAGUCUGUAGCGUUACCCAAGAUCCUUCAGCCCGUCCGGCCGCGCAGCGAGCAGAUGGUGACCCGUUUCAAGAUCGACGACCCUCACGAAGCAAGGGCCAAGUUUGUCAGGGAAGGCAUGUACCCUAAGGAGCAAUACCAAAUGCCCAAGAAACACGACUUCAGAGGGUAUCCUCCACUGGGUCCUCUUGGCUUGCCCGAGUUUGUUACCGCACCAGAGCACGAUCCAUACAACAUCCACUUUAAGUCCAGAAACAGAGAUAUAAUUGUUGGGCUUCCUCAGCCGCGAUCCGAGAGGUCAGAAGGUCGUCAGAUGGGUCAGGCUAUGACCCCUCAACCCCGCUACCAGCCCGAGCUCAUCAUGCCAUCGUUGAAAUGGCCAACGACGUCCGGUGAAUUCACACGUUUCCGGAGGAAAAACCGGUCUCCUCAUACGGUCCUCUUCGAUCAAAUUGAAGACACUUUGGAAGAGAGGUGGAAACAGGAGGAUGGUGAGCGGGAACGCAUCCAGAAGGAGAUGGAAAGAGACAAGAGGGAGAAGCAGUUCCGAGAGGAGGUUGCUAGGCAACUGGUUGCUAGGACACAGAUGCCCUCCGCUUCUACCGUACGCUCCCCGUGGGAAGGGGGCGAUAACGGUCAGACCGGCGGUCGGGUGGACAGACAGAUGAGCGGGCAGAAGUACAGUGAUGCGGGGAGUCACCAUGGCAGCAGGGCGAGGAUGGGUAGCCAUGGCAACAGUAGAGACGAGGAUGCUUACAGUCGGAGUGUGCUAAGCUCAGCCAACGAAUACAGCAUGGACGUAUCCUGAUGUUACUUGGGAGCAGGGGCCAAUUUCUGCUUAACGCAGAAAACAUCUGCUUAGCGAAAACGGGUUACCGGUCAAAACAUCAUGCUUGACAUAUUCCUUGUGCCUGGUAUUCAGCGGAUUUUUGCUUAGUACAUAAAAUUUUUAAGCAAAAUUUUCUAAAAAUUGACUGGUUUCCAGGCUUGAAAUAUCCAGUGUGAAAGCAAACAGGGUUUAAACUGUAGAUACUUUAAGGAGAGCAUUUCAACUGAACAACAGGGACACAAGGCUGCUGAGCUAAGCUGUCGAAGCCUGCUUAACACUUCCAUUGCAAUUCCACAAGACAUGUGUUUAUAUACUUCAUGCCUUAGUUUAAAGAGUGAUAGAUAUGCCAGUUGCUGAUUUCUGGCAUAAAAUUCAUUUCGCUGUCUUCACAAAUAUUGAGUUAGGCAGAUUGAGUGGCCGAAAUUGCUGAUUUUGAUAUGGCUGAUUUAAGUUUUUAACACAGUUCUAGAUUUGUAAACUAAAACAAAAUUGUAGGAAAACACUUCCAGUGCAAUAUUUAAGCUUACUUGUCUAGGUGAGAAUUUACUUACUUGGAUUGCAAAAAUAUGAAUCAAGUAUUUACUGUGAUUUUUUUCAAAGCAGUAGAAUUUUUUACAAAUUUGCCAUUUAAGUGUUAAUUUUUUUUAUUCUUUUAAUAUCGCCCUCACUAAAAUGACCUCCCAUUACUUUUUUUUUCAUUCAGGUUUAAUAAAAUGCAAAAAACCUUUAAAGAAUUUAUACAUCAAAAAGCUUGAUUUGCCAACAUUUCCCACUUUUAAUGCAAAAAAAGUUGAUAAGCUAGGAAGUAAGAUUUCUUUAUUUAAAAAGUGGAAUUUAUCUCACCUGACAAAUUACCUUCACAAUUGAAUACAAAAAUAUGACUUUUUUUUUAAUCACAUGUAGAAUAUGGAAAACCUAAAACAAAUUACAUGAAAAAUUAAUAGUUUCUUAAAAUACUGGAUACGAGAAAACAAUUACAUUUUCUUUUCGUGAGUUGUGGCAAGAUAUAAAAAAAAACCAUGCAAUUAUGAUAUUUUUAUGUACAAUUAAACUUUGUUGAAAGUUUCACUUCUUAUGCAAAACUGUAUAAAUAGUUCACUACAACUUAGGUAGGUUUGUAUAUUUUUGCACCUUAUUGUUGGAAGACGUAAAUAUUGGCUGAAUAAAGAUAUAGUGGAAAAUAAUAAUAAAACACAGAUUUUCAAGUAAAAAUGAG